UGCGAGAGUGACCUCAAGCUCUCGCGGCGCGGGGAGAGGUGUAGAAGUGGUUAGACCUGAGCGCGCACUCCGUUGCAGGCGAGCGCAACGGAGUGUAACAAGACUCCUACUGACGCUCGUUGUUGGCGGCGUCCGCGUCGGCUGAAAGCUUGGGCGCGUGUGUGCUUGACGAGGCGCCGGAGGCUGCGACCGCGUUGCGCAGAUCUGGAUGGUCCCGCGCGGCAGGUGUUGCAAUAGAGGCGAGCUGUGAGAACCCGACCAGAUUGAGUGCACAGAGCUUAUAGAGUCGUGCUCCGCCAGAUGGGACACUGGGUAGGCCCUGUGCUUGAGCCUAUGCAGAGAUGCAGUUGUAUGACAGGCUGCACGUUUGCGCUCGUGGCGAGGUCUUGGCUAGAAACAGGGCGAAUGGCGGGUGGGGCUGCUUGCGACCAGUAGCACCAAGUCUGAGCAGCGCGAGAAUUGUCAGUCGAAGUGUUUACCUGAAGACAGAGCUACAAGAGGAGGGGCAAUUGUGGUGCGCGAAUGUUAUGCGUGGCGCGCUUUACGAACAGCACAUGCGAGGUGAGGAUGCCGUUCGGAUGAACAAGGCGGACAGCAAAUGACAAGGUGUUGGUGUUGCAAAGAGAAGGAGCGGUGCGUUCGGAUGCUGGCUUCUCCUGUUUUGUGAUCUGCUUUCCCUUGCAAGUCUAUCGAGGGAGAUCAAGUCUGCAUAGCAGCAGGCGCUUCUCUCGCCGAGCACAUUGUGAUUCUGAACCUGGACGCUCACCGCUGUCACACUACACCCACCCACCUCUGCAUACACGGCCAGCGGCAGCGCUGGAGAUGCGCUGUGCCGAGCGUGAGAUGCUGCUAUGACUCUGACUCGCUGUUCCUUUUGGGGCGAGUGCGCAGCCACAUGCAAUUCUUGAUCGUCAGCUUCAUCAAGUCGUCGC